AAGUUCUCGCGUGAACAUCCUGCAGAGUGUGGAUUGAAAAUUGUAAAGCUCUCUGAGUUGUCAACAAAUCUCUGCGGAGCUGCAUAUCCACGUUAGCAUCGAGCAGACCAAAUGUGAACCUCUUGCAUGCAUAAUAAUCGCUUCAGCUGUGCUAAAAAAAAGCGCAUUUCAGUGCUAGCAGUGCGCUUGGUGGAAGUUUAUGCCUCUUUUCUCCCGUCUGUGUCGCUUUAGCUAGUUAGCUUAUCUCCCACAGCCGCCCGGAUGCGGUGAAGCCCCGCAGUUUUCCCUUCAGCUCUGGCCUUCCGACGUGCGCGAACGGCUUCAAUCAUGUCAAGCACUCGGCAGCAGCAGCAGUCCGGCGGUGCAGCGGGGUCCGUCCCCGGGACGAGCUCUGGGAGUAUGAGUAACAGUAGCGGCGGCGGCGUUGGCGCCGGUGGAGCGAACAGCGGGAGCAGCGGCGCUCAGAACGGGAACACCUCGACUAACGGGGUGUCCUCGCGGACUCUGGGCUCGGUAGCCGAGGGACAGAGCGCUAGACUGAGCUCAUCAAGCAGGAAAAGACCCUUGUACAACGGUCUCAUCAAUCCAUAUGAGGACAAGAGUAACGAUUUUGUAUGCCCUAUAUGUUUUGAGAUGAUAGAGGAAGCACACAUGACAAAGUGUGGCCACAGUUUCUGUUAUAAAUGUAUACGACAGAGUUUGGAGGACAGCAACAGAUGCCCAAAAUGUAAUUAUAUCAUAGAUAAUGUGGAUCAACUCUACCCCAACUUUUUAGUGAAUGAACUGAUCCUAAAACAAAAACAAAGAUCUGAAGAGAAGCGUCUGAAACGGGAUCACCCUAAUGGAACCAAAUGGCAGGUUUUCCAAGACGUCCUAGGUGCAGAUCAAGAGAAUAUGGAUUUAGCCAAUGUCAACUACAUACUAGAGUACCUGAUGCAAAAAAAGAAACAACUGGAGGCGGAAUCACAAGCUGCUCAGCGCCAGAUCUUAAUGGAGUUCCUGAAAGAAGCCAGAAGAAAUAAAAGAGAGCAACUGGAGCAGUUACAAAAAGAACUCAACUUUUUGGAGGAGGAUAUCAAACGAGUUGAGGAAAUGAGUGGUAUGUACACAGUGAGUGAAAUGGACCCCAAUUUAGACAGUACUGUACCCCAGUUUGAAGCUCCAUCUCCUGCACCCAGCAGUAGCAUAAUAGACCCCACAGAUUACAUGCAGCACCCUUUUGGUGGAAGCUCACAGGGUAAAAGACAAACUUGGUACAACAGCACUCUGGCGUCACGGCGUAAGAGACUGACGGCACACUUUGAGGAUCUGGAGCAGUGUUAUUUCUCCAAUAGGAUGUCUCGAAUAACGGAUGAGAGCAGGACUGUUAACCAACUGGAUGAUUUCAUGGAGUGUCUAUCAAAGUUUACCCGUUACAACUCUGUGAGGCCUCUGGCCACCCUAUCAUACGCUAGUGACCUCUAUAAUGGCUCCAGUAUUGUGUCCAGCAUUGAGUUUGACCGGGACUGUGAUUACUUUGCCAUUGCUGGUGUCACUAAGAAAAUUAAAGUGUUUGAGUACGGCACUGUGAUCCAGGAUGCUGUGGACAUUCAUUAUCCUGUCAAUGAAAUGACAUGUAACUCUAAAAUUAGCUGUAUCAGCUGGAGUAGCUACCACAAAAAUCUGUUAGCGAGCAGCGAUUAUGAGGGGACUGUCAUUCUUUGGGAUGGGUUCACAGGACAGAGGUCAAAGGUCUACCAAGAACAUGAAAAGCGGUGUUGGAGUGUCGAUUUCAAUCUUAUGGAUCCCAAGCUCUUAGCAUCAGGAUCCGAUGACGCAAAAGUCAAGUUGUGGUCCACCAACUUGGACAAUUCAGUAGCCAGCAUUGAAGCGAAGGCCAAUGUAUGCUGUGUCAAGUUCAGUCCAUCCUCUCGAUAUCACCUUGCCUUCGGAUGUGCAGACCACUGUGUGCACUACUAUGACCUGAGAAACACUAAGCAGCCCAUCAUGGUUUUCAAAGGCCACAGGAAAGCGGUGUCCUAUGCCAAAUUUGUCAAUGGAGAAGAGAUUGUGUCUGCGUCAACGGACAGCCAGCUGAAACUCUGGAAUGUGAACAAGCCACAUUGUUUACGCUCAUUUAAAGGCCACAUAAACGAGAAGAACUUUGUGGGUCUGGCAUCUAAUGGAGACUAUGUAGCAUGUGGAAGUGAAAACAACUCACUGUACUUGUACUACAAGGGGCUCUCCAAGACGCUGCUGACUUUCAAGUUUGACACUGUGAAGAGUGUCCUGGACAAGGACAAGAAAGAAGAUGACACCAAUGAGUUUGUCAGCGCAGUGUGCUGGCGAGCUCUACCUGAUGGGGAGUCAAAUGUGUUGAUUGCAGCCAACAGUCAAGGAACAAUCAAGGUACUUGAGCUGGUCUGAAGGUCUGCUCGAAUCUGUCGUCAGAACCUACUUAUGAACUGUAGCUUCACUGGUGGUUCGAUGCAAGGGCAUUGAAGCGGAGUAGAACUGAAGCAAACAUUUCCAAGGAAACAACCAGCAGAACUGGUUUUUAUCAGCAUUAUAUUUGUAAAAGACUCAAUCAUUUUGCAUCGUCAUACUAUCGCCGUAUGUGAAAUGUUGAGAUGAGGACCUGUUUGUGCUGAAAGGGAGACGGGCACAAAUGCCUCUUUUUGAAUAAAGUUGUUGAACAAAGGUAUUAAGAAGUUAUUGGAGAAUAACUGGACGUCUUUAAACGUGGAGGGGAAGACAUUCUCAAAUCUUUACUAGUGGUAAUUCUAACCAGAACAAGAGCUACGAGACAUUUAAGGCCAAAGCACAAGACCAUGACACAAUGAAAUACUUUAAGUUCUAUAAAUUAGCUGUCUUUGACUCCUUUGAGCCUGUUGUAUCCAUUUACUUGUUUGUUUUGUUUUUUGAUGCACUGUCUCUCUGUUUAUCAAUUAGAUAUUUGUAAGCUUUGGCAUAUUCCGGUGGUAAAUUACAGAACCUUUUUUUAGCUUUUCUGUUGGUUAAGUGGACAUGUUCAUAUCAAGGGUAUUUUUAAGUAUACAAGAUGUACCGGUACUCUUAAUUAGCUAUUUACCACAUUUUGAAAUUAUUUCAUUAUUGUAAAUCCCAGGAAGUCCUAUACUCAUCAGACAACGUUUGUAUGAGAUCCUUAUCAGUUUUUCCAUGUUUUCAAGAUCUAAUAUUUUGCCUUUUGUCAGUAAUUCCUGACAAAAGUGCUACUAAGUAGAGUUUUCAAGCAUUGACAUUUGUCCAGAACUCUUUCACAUGGUCAAAAAAAAGGGGUAAAUUAGAACUCCUCAAAGGUUUAAUGACGCUAUGUAUACUUCAUUGUGAUUAUUUAACAUCACCCGUAACAUUGCUGCUCUUUCAUCUUUGAGUUCUUGUACAAUUGUUAUUUAUUUUAAUAAUUUAUAUAAUGGACUUUAGGUUUCGAGCUUUAUUUGUAAGUCCUCUGUUGCAUCCUGGUAACUCUGUUUAUUUACUCAUUUUAACACAUUAAUUUGAAUGAAUAAAUGAUUUUUUUUUUUCAUUGGUUA